CAUCACAGAGCAAAUCAUUUUCCUCUCUCAUUCAUGCUGACCCUCUGAUAGCAGGACAAACAAUUUCUGCCUCUCUCUGACUCCUCAGAGGAUUUGAUACAGGAGUGGAUGGGUACACCUCCUCAAGUUCUAUUCCCAGACUCCUGCUCACUGACCAGAGGACACCUCCACAGAUUGCCAAAAAGGAGGGUACCAAGUUUAUGGCAGAGAUCUCAGUAUUAACAAAGCAUCUGGUCCUGUCUGAAGAAACAAGAAAUGAGUGAGCAGGAAGUGACCUACACAGAACUGAAAUUUCACACUUCUGCUCAGCAGCAAAGGAGACAAACAGUGGAGAAGACCAAAAGCAAAGACACUCCAUCUCCUCGGUGGCAGCUCAUUGCACUGACUCUUGGGAUCUUCUGCCUGGUGCUGCUGGUAACGCUCGGGAUCCUGGGUGCUGAGGCAAACAGAUGGCAGGAAAAGUUCACCCAGCAGCAGGAAAUUCUGGAAAAUCUCACUCACCAGCAGGAAAUUCUGGAAAACCUCACCCAGAAGCUACAAGAAAUUCAGGAGAAAACCUCUCAGGAAAAGGAAGAUCUCCAGGCCAAGAAUGCAGAGCUUUCUAAGUCUUUGCAGUCCUUACAGUCAAAAGGAAACAAAUGCAGAAUCUGUUCAAAGGACGAAUGGAUGCAAAAUGGAGAGGACUGUUACUACUUCUCUACUAAAAUAAAAACUUGGUUUGAAUGUAAAGAGUAUUGCUCUUCCCUGGGCUCCAGACUGCUGAAGAUAGACAGCAAGGAGGAGCUGGUCUCCCUAAAAAAACUGAAUUAUUCCUCUUACUGGAUUGGAUUAUCCCGUAAUGGAGCAGAUGGGCCCUGGCUAUGGGAGGACAGCACAGCUCUCUCCAUUGAUGUCUCUUUAGUACAGAAAAAUUACCAUGAAGAAUGUGCAGCUUUCUCUCUUUCUGAAAUACGCUCCAGUGUUUGUACAACCACCCGUAGGUGUGCCUGUGAGAAGGAGGUAAUUGAGUUGAAGUCCCUUGCACUGUUACGAGGAAAAACAUAGAAACUCUGAGAUUCAUAUCUGGAAACAUCCCAGACUGAAAGAGAAACUUGGAAAGAAUUGCUGAUUCUUGGCUUUGCUGAGCUGUCUGUUGCUAUUUUUAUACAGUACUGCAGUUAUCAAAUUCUUCGCUGUAUAACUAUAUAUAAUGUCAAAUGUUUGUAACAGUCUUUUCCUCACUUAUAAUUGCAAAAAUGGAGGUACUGAAUUUUCUAGCUUUUUCACAUGUCUGCUGUCAACCACAUUUGGGCAAUUUUUGUCAUUGAGUACAUGUGUGUUUGGAUGUAUGGAGGUUCGCUGGAAGGGACAUGGAAAGGGGUAGGAGCUUCACAUCUCUGCCAGCCAAUUAGAUAAUUUGUUUACUCCUAUUACUCUCUGUCUUCCCGUUAGUCAAUGUCAGAUAUUAUUGCGUUGCAGUUCUGAGACCCAACUGUGUGUUGCUAAUUUGAGAAAGGCUGCACAAGGUGACUGUGAGCUCAGUGUUGACCAGUUUAUUUUUUCCUGUAAAAUUUUCUAAGCUCUGUAUGGGCAGAGAUUGUGUUUUGAAAAUACAAGCUAUGCAGACCACCUGAGUCUAGCGUAAGAUCACUGGUUGAUGUCUGCAUCUACUCUGGAAAAGGGAAAUUAGGUAUAAAUAGGGAAACUUUGUUAAAAGUAUGUGUUUCAAGUUCUGACCAUUCUAGCUGGUGGCAGCCCUUCUCAAAUUAGCAACUUGAGUAUGAGAAAUUCCUGUGUGAUUUCAGCCAGAACACUGUUAAGUGAAUAUUUAUUUCCCUGUUCAAAACCUAUGUAUAUGUUUGGUUAUGAUUCACUCAAAGAUUGGGGAUUGUUUUUUCUUGUACCCAAGCCACUUCAUUGCACUCCAGGUUCCAGAGAGGUAAAGUGACUUGGCUGUAGUGAGCAGAUCCAGAGUUGAGCCAGGAAGUGCACUCAGGUCUCCAUUUGGUUACAUUUGCCUCCCUAGUAAGGCAAGUCGGGAAUGAACACAGAGACCAUGGGCUAGACUCUGAUCUUGUUUAUAUCACUAUGAAUAGGGAGUGAAUGUAUUAACUUCAAUGAAGUUACACUGGGUUUACACCAGUUUAUACCAGUGUAAAAUACAGAAGAAUCUCGCCCCAUGUUUUAAGAAGUGCAGAGACACUAGCUGAUCAAUAGUUUCUUAAACAACCUUGUUUAAUAAAUUCAAUAUUUAACUGACCUCAAACAAGUUAAAUUUAACACCUUAGGCCUUGCGUAAAGCUACAAAGAGAGAAGUUCCUGUGAGUGCGGGUGCAGCGCACUUCAAACUACCAGAGUGAGAAUUUCCAGUGCGGUUUCAGAUGGAGCAUUGCACAGUGAAUAAUUCUUCCCCUCUCAGCUCCUGUUGUCCAUCUCCUUACAAGGCAGUGACAGGGUGACACUGGACUCUCUCUCUCUCCAUCCCCAAGGGAUUUUCAAGAAGGACAAAAACAUUUCUGACACUUAAAGGUCUAGUUCCUGCCCUCCAGUCUCCUAUCAAAAAGCUACAAAUGUAUGAGUUCCAUAUUUUUCUGGGGCUUUAAUUGGUAGGGUACAUAGUUGUUACAAAAGGUAUAGGUGAUUGCUUUUGUAUAAUUCAAAAAAUGAGUGAAUAUCCUGGUGUUAGUGAGAAAUUUAACAGUUUCUCAAGAAAUCUUACUUGGGUAAUUAAUUCAAAUAGUCUUGGAUAAAAACAUUAUCACUGAACAAAAAAAUGGUUGAAGUACUGUGAACCAAGGGUAAUGAUAAAUAGGAAAGGGCAGAGUUUAGUGUUAGGAUCUUUGUUAUUUAGUAUCUUCAUAAAUAGGCUGGAAACUGCAGUGACUAGACUGUUAAUAUAUUGUAAGUUUACAUCAUUCAAUUCUCAGAUGAUGCUAAUUCAAGGGAUGGCAAACUUUUUGGCCCAAGGGCCACAGCUGGG